AUGUCUGCUUCGGGAUCGUCUUUGGGUGAUUCAUCUGAUCAUCCUCAGGUCCAAUUAGAACUUGCUGAAGAAGUCCCAAUUUUAAAUUCCAAACACGAUCAUCAUGAUGAUGGAUCAGAAUUCUUGGCAUCAUCAUCUCCAACACAACCAUUUCAAUCUCAACAACAAGAAGAAACAGAACUCUCACAUGAUGAAAUCAUGAGUGAUUCCAUUUCCGAGGCUCAUGAUGAUUUUGAUCUCAGUCUUUUAACGACAACACCCACAACAAAUUUUCCAAAUCAUCAUCAGAAUUCAUCAUAUCCCAAUCAUCGUCAUACUACGCUCAUAGACUCAUCAUCCUCUUCUCAAAUAAUUUCCAAUUUCAUUUCCUCCUAUCGUUCCUUGUUACUUUCUGUACAAUAUACCUUACAAUACUUUUUAGCGAGUAUUUUACUCACUCUCUUUAUCAAAUAUACAGUUUCGUAUAGUGGAUUGAGAUAUCCUUUAAUGUUUUUGAGUUUACAAAUGUUUGUCAAUUGUUCUGUUUGUGGAGUUGUUUCAUGGUUUUUGAUUAAGAAACGAUUGGAGAGUGUGGUUUAUGGAGGUGGAAAUUCCAAUCAUCAUUCAACAAAUGCACAUGUGAACAAAACGAUCACACCCAACUGGAGAGAAAUAUUUGGACACUUGUUUAAUUGGAAAACGUUUAAAACUUUGGCACCCUUUGGAGUGUUGACAGGAUUUGACUUUGGAUGUUCCACAUUGAGUUUAAAAUAUAUUACUGUGUCAUUGUAUACCAUGUUAAAAUCAGCCAUUCCAGUAUUUGUAAUGAUUAUUUCUUUUAUUUUCAAAUUGGAAACAGUGAAAAUAGUGUUAGUGAUAUCGAUUGUGUUAAUUUCAGUUGGAAUUGGAAUGACUUCGAGAGGUUCUAUUCAUUAUGACAUUUUUGGAUUUAUUUUGGUGAUUGUUGCUGUGAUCUUUGCUGCUGUCCGUUUGGUAUUUGCACAAUAUAUUUUACACCAUAAUAAUACUCAAGUUCUAUAUACGAGGUUGAGUAGUGAAGAGAUUGGAAAUAACAAUGAUGGCUGUCGAGAGAAUCAAAACAACGAGAACCAAGAGAAUGCACACUCAGAAGAAGAGUUGGAAGACAACGAGAGCAACACUUUACUGUUAGAAACUGGCACUACUCCACAAGCAGCUGGCUCAAAAACACAAGUGCCAACCACUGACCUCACAGCCAAUACUACUACUACUGAAGAAGAACAACAUUUAGAAUAUUUUUAUGCCAAAGAUAGUGGAGAAGAAUUUAGAGCUUCAAAAAUUGAAAUUUCUUCCGUGCAAGUAUUUUUCUAUUCAAGUCCAAUCAUUGGUUUGACAGUUCUUCCAUUUGCAGUCAUUUUAGAAAGUUGGAGAAUUUUGUAUGAUUUUGUAAAUAUUACACAAGCUCCCAAUGUUGACGUGAAUGCACCCAUUCAAUAUCUUCGAUUCAUGUUUAUUGUGAAAUUUAUUGGAAUGAUUCUUGUUGGUUCUUUCUUGGGUGUCAUUUUGAAUGUUUCAGAAUUUUUGUUAAUCAAACAAACGUCAAGCUUAACUCUCACGGUGGUGUCAAUAUUUAAGGAAUUACUUUUGAUUAUGAUUAGUGUGAUGGUAUUUGGAGAUCGCAUUGGUGUGAUGGGUGCUAUUGGAUAUGGAAUUACAUUGAUUGGAAUUGUGAUUUACAAAUUUCAACGAUUGGCUGAAUUGCGAUCUGCGAAUAACGAGAAUAAUCAUUAA